AUGUCGCAUCCCCCGAAGCGCGUCAAGCACCAGUAUCAGAGCUCGCCGUUUUCGCUGGAUCUCGACAUUCGGCAGCUCCAGCAGAAGGCCGCGCCGCUGGCUCCGCAGGCCGCAGUGCUGGCAGCGCUCAAGGGCGGGCCCCAGGCCGCGCCCUUCACGCCGUUCCUCGUCCCGCCGCGCACUCCGCGUCCGAGCGACCCCCUCAACGACCCCCCCUCCUUUUGGGCCUUCAAGCACGAGCUCGCCGCCUUCGGGCCCGCGCCGCUCCUCGCCUGCGGCGUCGCCGCGGGGCGCGGCUACGGCUACGCAGCCCCGGACUCCUUCGUCCGGGACGCCGCGGCCUUCGCCCUGGUGCGCGCCAGUCAGGAGGCCAACCGCGCCCCGAGCUUCCCGGGGGCGGCGUGGACGCCCGGCGCGCUCGACAGCCUGCUGGCGUCGAUGCAGGCGCCUGCGGCCUCGUGCGACUCUCCGUGCGCCGCGCUCUUCCCCGAGCUGCCGCCGCAGUGCUACGGCGUGGCCGGCGCGCACCCCGCGCCCGUGGUGACCGACUGGCCGUCGUUCGGCAGCGACCUGGCGGGCGACGACCUCCUGGAUCGCGUCGUGGAUGUGUGCAGCCAGGAGCUCGUCAAUGGCGAGGAGCCCGGCACGCGCCUGUCGGCGGAUCCGAUCCUGCGCGAGCUCGGCUGGGGCGCACACCCCCGGGGGGAGUCCCCUCCCGACAUCAGGCCCGCGCCGGCGGGCGACGACCGUGAGCGCGCGCCGCGGCCGUGCCUACCGCGCAGCCCAUCGCCCAGCCCCAAGCGCAAGGCACCGACGCCGCGCAAGGCGACGCAGGGCGACGACGCGCCCAAGCGCACCGCGCCGCGCAGCGCCGGGGAGGACCAGAGCGACAAGAGGGCCUCGUUGCCGGGCGCAGCGACGUCCACGGACGCCGCGAACAUCAUGUGCGGCUUCACGGCGGCGCUGCAGCUGCGCCACGCCCUGCAGCCGACGUGGCCGUCGGGCGUGCGCGUGACGCCGCGGGGGCUCGAGCUCGGGCGGUGCAACCGCUUCACGGACGAGCAGGUCGACCUGCUCAAGACGAUGCUGAUGAGCCGGAACGUGUACUUGAAGCCGCCGCGCAUGGCCAAGGUGCACAAGGGCGCGGGGAAGCCCGGGGCGACGGCGGGGGACUUCUGGGCGUGCGUGGCGAUGCAGGACUUCCUGUACGCGGCACCGUCCGCGGUGGAGAUCACUGGGAUGGACGGGCGGACGUACACGUUCGACUGCAUGCGCGACCGCUACCUGAAGAGCUUCCUGCGCGUGGGGCGCGGCGCGACGGUGGAGACGAAGCAGCGCGUGCAGCACAUGCGCCACGUGUACGGGCUCCCGCACGAGUACGAGCUCAUCCGGAACCCGUGGAGCGGGGAGUGGGAGGACGCCGUGGACGUCAUGAUGGAGGAGCUGAUCCGGUCGUGGCCGGUGCAGACGCAGGGCACGGCGCGCCCGAGCAUCGUGAUCUACCCCAUGCCCGACCGCUCGAAGAACGUGCCCCGCGGACGCGACGGCCUCAGCGUCCACGGGCCGCCGUUUGCGUCGCGCCUCAUGUGGGGGCACUCCGGCAAGGUCACCUCGGAGUGGCCCGGCGGCCGCGCCUACGUCCAGCCCAAGAACCCCCACAGCCAGGCCGCCGCGUUCGUGCGCAUCAUCCGCGAGGCGUGCGCGCUGUGCCACCACUUCUGGUACCCCGACCACUUCAGCCCGGACGCCGAGGUGUGCUACUGCCGCAACAGCAGGUACAUGGUCGCUGCCAAGCCGCGCCCCUACGCGCCGUUCGCCGUCAACGACCCGGCGGUGGUUCCCGCGGACGUCUACAUGGCCCUCCUGAAGCGCAUCGACGAGGGCGCGUUCGACGCCUGA